AUCCUCAUGGCUUUCAUGAAUCUUUUGCCCCGUCUGCGACACUUCUUCAGCUCCCUCCACCGGAGCCCUUGCUUCGGACGGAGCUGAGCAGCUGUGCUGAUCGAUGGCGGACUUGCCGGAUGUGUUGGAUGCCUUUUGUCUCCGCACUACCGAGGAUGAAGAUGACUUUUCCCCCAAACUGGCGGCCAUGCUGGAAGGACAAUGUAUGGAGUGGGAUGACUUGCCGCCAGAAUGCGACGAAGGCUGCGUGGAGUACAAGUGGCGGCUGGGUCCAGAGCAUACCCAUAGGCGGGUGGAACGUCUCGCGACUCAAAUGAAGUUCCGUUUGGCAGAAGGCGGUGGUACGGCCUACUACCUCCUGGGCGUCCGUGAUUCCGGAAACGCAGAGGGGCUGACAGCCCGAGAGCAUUCGGAAGCAGUGAGUGUGCUGAUGGCGGCUGCCGGUGCAGCUGACAGCAUCUUACUCCUGGAGGCCUUGGGCAGCUCAUCCAGAGCUCGGAAAGGAAAGCUUUGCUCGGCCUGGCGACUGGAACAGAGGCAGUCUGCUGUCAGCAAGCUGUCGAAGCAGUUACACCUCUGGGAUUCGCUGGCCGACUCCUUGCCAUACAAGCGGUGUCGAAUGGAAGCUGAAUCCUUUGACUCAAAGGACAGUGCAUGCGGGGAGCUGGAUUGCAGAGCCUUGAGGUUGGAGAGGACAGAACAACCUCGAGAGCUCUCCGUUGGCGUAGGGAGAUAGACGCCGACACCAGAUCUCGGUUUGUCUUCCACACCUGUACCUUGCCGGACCAGUUCACCUUCCUUGGUUGGCGGCGUGUCACAGGAAGAAAUCAAUGGCCGUUUGUGGUGCUUUGCAAGUGGCUUUCUUACCUACUAGCUUCUUGCUACAAGUAGCUUCUUG